AGUGUGAUUACCCGGUAAUAGUCCAUAAGAACGAUGCGAAUAACUCCAGACACUCUCGAAAUUGGAUCCACUCAAAAGCGGAAUAAAAACGAAACUCUGGAGACUUUCCUGAAGCGAAUCACCCAUGUUUCGCUCGUCGGGAAGGCCAUCGUGUUGAUGGAAAAUCUGAAUUUUUGCAAGAAUCUGAAUGUCCUAUACCUGUACGAUAACAAGAUCACCUACAUUACAGGCCUUGAAUGCUGUCGGAACCUUACGCGACUCUAUCUACAGAACAAUGCCAUUGAGGAAAUAACAGGCUUGGAUGUCGGGCUAGACCGGUUAAACGUUCUACAUCUCCACAACAAUCGCAUUCGUCGUAUUACAGGCCUGCACCUUCUUCCCUCCUUGGAGCACCUCAAGUUAGACAAUCAGCGGUUGGAUCCUGGCGAGCAACUUGAAUUUGACGGCGAAUGCUUGCUGGCGCUGGCAUCGUCCCUGAGAUACCUCACACUCACCAACAACCAUAUCAAAGACAUCUCACCGCUCGAGAAAUUGAAAAGCUUAGAGUCCCUGGAUUUGGCAGUAAAUAGCAUUCAAGAUGUGGAGCCAUUGGAAUCUUUGCUUAGCGCCUGCUCGUAUCUUUCGAAUGUGAACGUGUUGGGAAACCCAGUUGCUAAUGCCGGACCUCCAGUGAAACUUCGACAGCGAUUAAUCUUGGCAAGUCCAACACUAACAUGCUUGAAUGAGAAGGAUAUACCUCAAGUGGAGCGGAUGUUUGUUGAAAACAUGCGACAUGCACAGCGGAGUCGCCGAUCAGCAAAAGACCACAACCACACCAGAGACCAAACAACAUCCCUUGGAGUAUCAGGGACGGCAGGAGUCGCGACUCCCGCCUGCCAGGAAGAAAAGCCAUUCCCCCAUUUGCCUCCAUUUGCAUCGCAAUACAGGGACCUCAUGCUGUCUCAACUGACAAAGAACACUGCAACGGAAAGAAGACUUUCCGACAGCAAUCUGCACAUAUCACCACGAAAGGUGGCUAGUGCCGCUGAGGCACUACACCGAGAUUAAGUGGGGAUAAUGUAUCUACUUGAUUUUACCAUGCACAAUACCAUGCACAAUGGCGGUAUUGGAAAUGAGGACAGCAUUGAUAAAUACAAAGACGCCUGCAUCACGCAA